AUGUACCACUCGCAUGACAGUAACUUCUCAAUUAUCGUCCCUCAAAGAGUAUACUGUGUCAAUGGUUUCCAAGAGAAACACUCUGUGAAUAUGAUCCCCAAUCUAGACGACGCCUCAGGAGACAUAUCAGCCAUCUUUCCAGGAUAUACCGAAGCCCACAUGCUCCGGGACCGGCUGCAUAACACUAUGCUGGUCACCGCCUUAAUGAUCAGCCCCUUAUGCUCGGUGACCAACUUACCAGAUAUCGCCGUCAGUCCUAUACUGAGAACAAUCGCUCUGUUCGCGUGCAUACUCGACCUAACCGGAUUUCUUACGGCCUCAGUGUUCUGCCUGCGACUGUGGCACAUGCGGGCUGGCGGUCAAGAUGAGGUGUUGCAUCGGUAUUGUCAUUGUCAUGUGCAAAAGCGUACCCUGGAGCUUAUAAAAAACCAGGAUCUGUGCAAUACCUGGUCAGGCCGGAUGCUGUCGACUAUGUCGCCCAUGGUCCUCAUUGCCAGCUCUAUGCUCUUGUUGUUAAUCACUCUUUCCGGCCCUCUCUUCACUAGAAAUGCGAACCAGAUCCAAGUCGUUCCCUUUGGCACGCUUGAGCUCACAGUGCUAUGCAUUGCAUGCUGCUCGGCCAUCGUCCACCUCGGCUUUGUAUUCCGUACCAUCGCAAUGGCAGGCAAACCCGACCAGAUACCGGAUAUUGCGCCACAUCAAAAGCCCACAUCUCGGAGGCAUUUAUCGCGGUUUCCCGUGAUAUAGGCUAUGUUCGUAUCUGAACUCUGGUUCGAUCCCUGCAAAAAAUCGGUGAUAUGGGCUCGACUAAUUUCGU